CGGUGACAUAUGCGAUGCAUAGUUUCAGAGGCCAAGAUGCCGGGUUGCCUCUGCAGGCAUCUGGUUCCCAACAGUAUCCCUUCUAUGGCGGCCCCGCAGCGUCCAUCCAGACAUCCGCCCGCGGACAACUAGAUGCGUCCUUCCUGCCGCGGCAAGGGCCGCCAUCAGGCAGAUAUCCCGCCUAUCCCCACCACCACGAAGGCUCCCACGCACCCAUCGGCGAAUCGGGCUACCCACGGCUGGCGGAUCUGUCGCCCGGCUCACCCGUUUCGCCGGUACACACACAGAUCUGGCACACAAGAAGUCAAGAAGCGAGUGAGUGGGUGUGUGGUUCUUUCCCUGUGCACUUUCAGUAUCCGCAGUAUGUGCAUCGCCCGCUGGUUCGCGGCACAUCGGCGCCUGUCGAGCGAGCACCUGUCGGCGUUGACUUCCCUUACCGCACGUACGGCUACCAAGGGCCGCCCGGCCCGCCACCAGGGCUCGGGGCGCACCCGCCCACCCCGCCUUGGCUCAAGGUGCGGUCUGGAUUCGACAUGACCAAAGGUAUGCAUGGAACAGAGGCACAUUCUCCUGGCAAUGCGCUUGUCUGUAUGGUGUAUGGUCGACGUGUUCUCUGUGUGCAGCGUAUGUGUUGGCGAUCGUAGUGUGCCUCUUCGCGUUCUCCGCCCUUGUGGCCUUGCGUCUGGAGGGCGGCAAGCCAUCCUCAUGGACCGACUACGUGCCGGCCUUCUUGUCGGUGGUGCCCAUUCUCUGUCUGGUGGCGGAGAUGUGGCUGUACCAGUCCGCCAUGGGCACACACGAGGAGAUGAUACUCUACGUCUAUCAGUCGGGCGGCCUGCUGGUUACCGCCCUGUGUCUGCUGGCGUUCUUCGCCUUCAUAGGCCUCAGAAACACCGGGGCGGUCGACUGGGGCUGGUCGUUCGUGCUGUCGCCCAUGUGGGCGCUGCUCACGGCGGGAUACAUGACGGCCAGCCUGCGUCUAGCCAAGUUCAUAGAGAAGCGGAUGGUGGACAUAUUCUGGCAGAUGUUUGUGUGCCUCUCACUCUCAUCGCUCAGCGUCCUUCUCAUAGGCAUAAAAAUGGUGGGCGAGAGCCACCCAUCCACCACAUGAAGCCCCACGUCAUUCUUCUCUCUCUGUGCUUCUGGGUGUGUGUUUCAGGACGGAGUUGAUGUGUUGGCCGGCACGCAUUGGGGGUGGAUCCUCGCGCCACUGCUGGUGGCGUACUUGAUCGUAGCGACGUCGCUGGUGCCGUUGCAGCCCAAGGACCCCGGCAGGGGCAUGGACAUCGUGGCACGCAUCGCAAUACUCGCCGCACUCGUAAUCUUCAUCGGCAAGUAAGGGCCACAUCCACUCCCAGCACCCCGCAGAGACACAGAGGCACCGGAGGCAGAGAAUGACUCACUUGUGUGGAUGUGCAGGUUGAAUGGGUGGGUGGCACUCUCCUGGCUGAUUAUCUUCGCCCCCCUCUGGCUGUCGUUCGUGCUAGUGGUACGUGACGCAAAGGCAUCCAUGGAUCCACCGCACAACACGAUGGCCAAUGUCAUCGGUGUGGUGUGUGCAUGGGCAGAUUGCGAUUUUGGCCGUGGAUAUCUCGAGGACGGCGGCCGGCAGCAAGGCCCGGCCCCCUACGAUUAGAUUGCGGCCGCCAUACGUUGACUGAUGGACAUGUGGCGAUGGAUUAGGUAGACAACGAAGGCAUGGCUAGAUGGAUGGACGGCUGCGACGGAUGGACAGUUGGACAGACAGAUGUGGCGAUUUGUCGAUGGGUGGUGGGGUGGGUGCAUAGGCGUGCGACCUAAG